CUAGGAGCAACUUCUUGGAAACAAAAUGAUUGUGGCAAAAACAGCAACUGCAAAUUACUUGCAACGACUUUAAGGCUCGACUUCGUCACAAAUGGAGUGAUUCAAGGCAUUACAUUCAAGGACCCCAAAAGUUUCCACAUUAACGUUUUGGGAUGCAACAAGUUGAAGAUCCAACAUGUUACCAUCACUGCACCCAUAACAAGCCUCAACACCGACGGAAUCCACAUUGGACGUUCAAAUGGGAUCACCAUUUCGGACACAACGAUUGGAACCGGUGAUGAUUGUAUCUCCCUUGGUGAUGGAAGCAAAGAUGUUACUAUCCAAAGAGUUAAAUGUGGACCAGGCCAUGGAAUUAGCAUAGGAAGCCUUGGGAAGUACUUCAAUGAACAACCUGUAGCUCGCAUCAAAGUUCUAGAUUGCACCUUUACCGACACAAUGAAUGGUGUAAGGAUCAAAACAUGGCCUUCCUCCCCUUCUGCCGGAACUGCAGACGAUAUAACUUUCAAGGGUCUUACCAUGAAUAAGGUCGGCAAUCCUGUCAUUGUAGAUCAAGCGUACUGCCCAUACAGUCAAUGCAAAUCACAGAUUCCCUCUAGAAUUAAGAUCAGCAAUUUGAUGAUUGACGACGUUCAAGGGACUUCUGCAACUCGGGAGGCUCUCAAGAUUAUCUGCAGUAAGGAUGAACCAUGCCAGAACGUGAAGGUUUCAAACAUUAACCUUUCAUACCUUGGAGCUGAGGGGAAAGCUAUGAGCGUAUGUGAAAAUGUCAAGCCCGCGGUCUCUGGCACGCAGAACCCUCCUAUUUGUCCUCGCCAUUAAGUAAACGGCUAGUAAUUAGUCGGUAUAAGCAGUAGGAGGCCGGAAGCUGAAAUAAAUUCCCUUGCGGAAGCAUAUAAGUUGUAAUAUUCUCUUUCAAACGUAUACAUACUAGGGCUUGUGUUCUUAUGAUGAACAAAGCAAAUUUGCAUGUAAUGAAAGUUCUGAUGAAUUAGUCAAAUAAUAGUGGUA